GUCUCCAGUUUUCUGGACUCAAAACCAGUUGAUAGCUCGCCUACAGCAUCCGUUUCAUUAGUCUCUCCAACUCCAGGAUCUUCAUCUAGCGAUUCCCUCAUCUCUGGACGGCCCAUCACAAAUUUAGCCAACGCUUCUAGUUCCUUGAAUAAUUUCACAUGUAAUAAUACUGGCAAAUCACUCAGUCGUCUUUCUUCAUUCUACCUCCUUGGUUCUUCACACAGUCAUUUUCGUGAGCCUGGACUUGAAUCUGGCCUAGUUGAUCAAACUAAGCCCUAUCCUCAGCAGGCUGUGGGCAACCAAAAUGAUUCAUGCUCUCUUGAUUCGAAUCAACUGGAUCGUAUUAUCAAGAAGCAGGAACGGAUGAUUAAGAAUAGGCAGGCCGCCAGUUUGUCCCGAAUGAGGAAAAAAGAAGUAAGCCCGUUCAGCCAUAGUAAUAUAUCGAUUAUAUUAACCUUCAUGAUUACCUUUUUUAUUUGGGAUAAUGAGAUUUGGUUACUUUUAAGUUCCUUUAUUUUUCGCAUACCUUAUACCUCUACUACGGAUGUUUUUUGA